CAAAGACUGGUGGUUGCGUGUAAGCGGUGGAGGCACACAGGUUAAACAAGGAAAGCGGAUUUGGGACAUUAGAGUUUGUUCAGGUUUUACUUAACUGAGAGAACAUUAUCAAAUCUUUAUCCAAAGAGUAAUCGUGAUGGCGAUCUCCAAAGUUAGAUUGAAAGUUUGGUUCGAAAAGAAAAUCACCGAACCUCUUGUCCAGAUCCUGCGCAGAGGUGCUGAGCCAAAGCAGCUGGCUUUCUCUGCUGCAUUGGGCGUUAAUGGAGUAUUUCCAAUCUGUGGUGUUACCGUGUUGCUGUGUGGAGUAGCUAUUGCGUCGCUUGGAUCUCUUUGUCAUGCUCCAACUGUCAUGUUGUUUAACUUCCUUGCCACUCCUAUUGAACUAAGUCUUAUGGUGCCUUUCUUACGGCUUGGCGAAAAACUAACCGGUGGACCUCAUUUUCCUCUAACGACCGAUGCUCUAAAGAAGGUUUUCACAGGCCAAGCUUCCAGAGAAGUCUUUUUAAGCAUUGGUAAUGCGCUACUAGGGUGGCUCGUAGCGACCCCAUUUGUGGUCGUUGGACUGUACAUCCUGUUUCUACCAUGUUUCAAAAUCCUUGUCCGUAAAUUCAGCUCUGUUUCUCCGACCGCAAAGUCACCCACGAGUAUUCACUCAGACUUCAAGUCAAAGGAAAGGGUCGCUUAAGUCAACAGAGACCAAGAAGGUUCUUGGUUCCUGCAAAGCUUGAGCUUGUGUUGUGCUUAUGUUUAUGUGAUGUUGUCUAUAUGGUUCAAUUAUUAGACUAGAACUGAAAUAGCUUUAAUAUUGAUGAUAUUUGGUACAAGAACAUGGGAUGUCUUCCCAUAUAAAAUAAACCUUCAAACA